UACAUUGUAACACUUGUAGUAAUGGAGGUUUGGUCUCAGUGGAGAGCUAGGACAGAGAAGGGAGUGUCUCCAUAGGGCCUGGCACAUAGUUGGGGGUCCCACAGUAUCUGUGGUUUUGAAUAAAAGUUUCUGGCCCAUCAUCUAUGAAAUUUCUGGCAUGUCUUCACACCUACUCCAGGUCUUAAGAGAGUAGUUUUUACUGAUCCAAUAAGUUUAAUUAAACAAUUACCAUAUGACCCUUAUUCUGGGUCCUGCCCAGUAUGGGAUUAAACAAAAGAAGCAAAGAAAUGAUCCUGCCUUUUAGGACCUGAACCUGUGGGAACCAGCAUGAGAGUCAGGAAUCAAAGUGGGUCAGUUUAGGAUGAAGUCUUCCAGAAAACAGCUCAAAUGGAGAAGGGCAGAGGUUUGGCUCAGAGGAAUAAGGAAUAACUCUCAACACACACUGCAUCUGCUCAUUCAGCAGAUCCCUACUACGUGCCAGGCACUGUGCUAGGUACUGGGGAUACUGUGGGGAACAAAACCUGACUUGGUUCCUGCCCUCAGGAACCUGUAUAUUAAUAUAGUGCAGGAGGAUGACCCCAACCAAGAAAUCAUGAUUAGUGCUCUAUAGGAGGAUAGGAUGCUGUGAAACUGUUAACAGGGGUGUUUGACCCAUACAAGGACGUCAGGCAGGCCCUCUGUGAGGAACAAGUUGGAGCUGAGGUUUGUAGUGUUAGCCAACCAGGGAGGGGACAAGCAAGUGCAAGCGCCCAGUGGCAGGGAGGAUACAGUGAGCCCAGAGUGAGGGGCUGAUGUGGGCUGAGGCUCGGGAGGUGACAGGGCCCCCCUGUGCAGGGCUGAGCACAGAGAUGAGGUGCUCUGCCUUGGUGGAGGAGAUUCGAAUCCAUACAACCCAGCACUGUGUGAUCCCAGCUACAGUGGACGAAGUGGCCAAUGGAGGUGGCCAAUGGAGAAAUCUAGUUGAGGGGUGAAUUCAAGCCUGGAGGUCCAGGGAGUUCUAUUUAAGGUCUGGGUGUUUUAAGUGGGGUUUAGAGGAAAAACAGGACUUUGCCUGGUUGUAUGAAUAUGUGUUCAUGGUGGAGGUCUUGGGAGAUAGGCUGUUUCAGGCGAAAGGCACGGUGAACACAAAGAGGAAAAGGGUAGGUCAUUUGAGAAAGAGCAGGAAGCUGACUGGGGGCAGAAUAAAGUGUGCAGGGAUCUCUGGAAGCCCUGUCAGCCCUCCCUUCCUGGAGGAGUGAUUUGUAUGUGCGCACAGCUCAUCUUCCCGCAGGACAUGACUUGGCCAGGGCUCUGGACAGCAGCUUCUAGAUCCAGCUCUUACCUGCCUUGCCAAGAAUGGACUAGGUGGUCAGGGAGGCCCCGGGGUGGAGGUGGGAGUGGAUGAGGGAGAGGCAAAGGGGCGGAGCAAACGGGAAGACUCAGAUGUUGCCUUUGUGAGAUGCAUCAGCAAUAAUUACAAUCCACUGGAGCUUAUUAUGUGCCAGGCAUUGUGCUUUUACCUCAUUAGGAUACCUCCCAGGGACGAAUGCAUCCUUGCCCCAUUUCACGGAUGGGGAGCUGGGGUCCAGAAAGGUUGAGCUGCUCGCCCCCAAGUCUCAGCACCCUGGUCACCAUGGACAAGAUCCUGGAGGCCGUGGUGACAUCAUCAUACCCGGCGAGCGUGAAGCAAGGGCUCGUGCGGCGCGUGCUGGAGGCGGCGCGGCAGCCGCUGGAGCGCGAGCAGUGCCUGGCGCUGCUGGCGCUGGGUACGCGCCUCUACGUGAGCGGCGCCGACGAGCUGCCCCGCCGCGUGGGCUGCCAGCUGCUGCACGUGGCCGGCCGCCACCACCCGGAGGUCUUCGCCGAGUUUUUCAGUGCGCGCCGCGUGCUGCGCCUCCUCCAGGGAGGCGCCGGGCCGCCGAGCGCCCGCGCGCUGGCCUGCGUGCAGCUCUGUCUGCAACUGCUGCCCGAGGGGCCCGGGGCCGACGAGGUGUUCGCGCUGCUGCGGCGCGAGGUGCUGCGCACGGUGUGCGAGCGCCCGGGCCCCGCGGUCUGCGCGCAGGUGGCGCGGCUGCUGGCACGGCACCCGCGCUGCGUCCCCGACGGCCCUCACCGCCUGCUCUUCUGCCAGCAGCUUGUGCGCUGCCUCGGCCGCUUUCGCUGCCCGGCCGAGGGCGAGGAGGGCGCAGUGGAGUUCCUGGAGCAGGCCCAGCAGGUGAGCGGGCUCCUGGCGCAGCUGUGGCGUGCGCAGCCCGCCGCCAUCCUGCCCUGCCUCAAGGAGCUGUUCGCCGUUAUCUCCUGCACAGAGGAGGAGCCACCGUCUAGCGCCCUCGCCAGUGUGGUCCAACACCUCCCGUUGGAGCUCAUGGAUGGUGUCGUCCGGAACCUCAGCAAUGAUGACAGUGUGACGGACUCCCAGAUGCUGACUGCCAUCAGCAGGAUGAUCGACUGGGUGUCCUGGCCCCUGGGGAAGAAUAUUGACAAGUGGAUCAUUGCACUGCUGAAGGGUCUGGCCGCUGUUAAGAAGUUCAGCAUCUUGAUCGAGGUUUCACUCGCCAAAAUUGAGAAGGUUUUCUCCAAGCUUCUGUAUCCCAUUGUCCGGGGCGCCGCCUUGUCCGUCCUCAAGUACAUGCUCCUGACCUUCCAGCACUCCCAUGAGGCCUUCCACCUGCUCCUCCCUCACAUCCCCCCGAUGGUGGCGUCUCUGGUCAAGGAGGACUCCAACUCGGGCACCAGCUGCCUGGAGCAGUUGGCGGAGCUGGUGCACUGCAUGGUGUUCCGGUUUCCUGGCUUCCCGGAUCUGUAUGAGCCCGUCAUGGAGGCCAUCAAGGACCUCCAUGUUCCCAACGAGGACCGAAUCAAGCAGCUGCUGGGGCAGGACGCCUGGACCUCGCAGAAGAGUGAGUUGGCCGGCUUUUAUCCCCGGCUCAUGGCCAAGUCAGACACGGGCAAGAUUGGUUUAAUCAACCUGGGCAACACGUGCUACGUGAACAGCAUCCUUCAGGCCUUGUUCAUGGCUUCCGAUUUCAGACACUGUGUGCUCCGUUUGACCGAGAACAACUCGCAGCCCUUGAUGACGAAGCUGCAGUGGCUCUUCGCCUUCCUGGAGCACAGCCAGCGUCCCGCCAUUUCUCCAGAGAACUUCCUUUCUGCAUCCUGGACACCCUGGUUCAGCCCCGGCACCCAGCAGGACUGCUCGGAGUACCUGAAGUACCUGCUGGAUCGGCUGCACGAAGAGGAGAAGACCGGGACGAGGAUCUGCCAGAAGCUUAAGCAGUCGAGCUCGCUCUCCCCGCCCGAGGAGCCCCCCGGCCCGAGCGCCACCUCCGUGGAGAAGAUGUUCGGGGGCAAGAUCGUGACUCGGAUAUGCUGCCUCCGCUGCCUCAACGUCUCCUCCAGGGAGGAGGCCUUCACGGACCUCUCACUCGCCUUCCCCCCACCCGAGCGCUGCCGCCGCCACCACCACCAUCACCACCACCGCCGCCGCCGCCUGGGCUCAGUGAUGCUCCCCGCGGAGGACGCUGGCGCCCAGGAGCCAGGCAGCGCCGGGCCUCGGAGGCAGAGGAAGCACUGCAUCACGGGGGACGUCCCCCCCACCAUCCUGGACAUAGAAGGCCUGGGUCCCCACGGCCUCGGGGGACAGAGCGGGCAGGAGGAGAAGGUGGAGAGGGGGGAGAGCACAGAGGAGGAGGAGGUGGCGGGAGAGGAGGAGGAGGGGGAGGAGAAGGAGAAGGAGAAGGAGGAGAAGGAGGAGAAGGAGAAGGAGGAGGAAGAGAAGGUGGAGGAGAAAGAGAAGGAGGCCCAGGAGGAGAAGGAGGCGGCGGCUGAUGGGGAGGAGGCGGCGGCCGGCCCGGGCCCAGGAACCCUCCAGAGUGCUGCGGCCGCCUCCGGGGACGGCUCCCGCUCCGUCCUGGACCUGGUCAACUACUUCCUGUCGCCCGAGAGGCUGACGUCAGAGAACCGCUACCACUGCGAGUCGUGCGCGUCCCUGCAGGACGCCGAGAAGGUGGUGGAGCUGAGCCAGGGCCCGCGCUACCUCAUCCUGACGCUGCUGCGCUUCUCCUUCGACCUGCGCACCAUGCGGCGCCGCAAGAUCCUGGACGACGUGUCCGUGCCCCUGCUGCUGCGCCUGCCGCUGGCCGGGGGCCGGGGCCAGGCCUACGACCUGUGCAGCGUGGUGGUGCACUCGGGGCUGUCCUCCGAGAGCGGCCACUACUACUGCUACGCCCGCGAGGGCGCUGCCCGCCCUGCCCUGGCCCCGGGAGCCGCCGAGCGGCCAGAGCCCGACAACCAGUGGUACCUGUUCAACGACACCCGGGUGUCCUUCUCCUCCUUCGAGUCUGUCAGCAACGUCACCUCCUUCUUCCCCAAGGACACGGCCUACGUGCUCUUCUACCGGCAGCGACCCGAGGCGGGGUCCGAGGCCGAGCCUGGCUCACCCCGCACCCGGGCAGAGCCCACCCUCCACAAGGACUUGAUGGAAGCCAUUUCCAAAGACAACAUUCUUUUUCUGCAGGAGCAGGAGAAGGAGGCGCGGAGCAGGGCGGCCUACAUCUCCGCACUCCCCGCGUCCCCACACUGGCGGAGGGGCUUUGACGACGACAAAGACGAGGACAAAGGCCCUCCUGGGGGCUGCAGCCCUGCAGGUGGCAGCGGUGGUGACUUUCACAGACUGGUCUUCUAAUGGGAACCCUCGACCCACCCCCUCAGCCCAAUCUCGCUUGUGGGGUGCCACAGCCAACCGCGGGGUGGGGGGGCCCAGGUCCCGGGCAGAGGCGCUCAGCCAGGUGGGGUCUGGGGGAGGCCGUGGAGGCAGCCCCUUUCAAGGGCGAGAGCGAUGGAGCAGGGGCUGCCGGCCUCAGCCUGGCAGGCACGGAGACUCAGAGGCGGAGGUGAGACCCGAGCCCCUUAAACUGCCUUCGGGCCCGACGCUGGGAUCAGUCCCCUGAAGACUUGCACCCGAGAUGGACACUCUCUGGGCCUCAGCUCCUGCCCCGUGUUUGCCAUCAAGUAGCAGUUCCCUUCCAGCUCCUUUCAGACAAUCCUGGGUCUCUAUAGUACAGACCUGAGGAGGGUCCCGGCCCCAGCAUAAACAAGGGGCUGCGUGUCGCCCCUCCGGCUGCAUCUUGCUUCUCCGAGGGGACUGAGGCAGUGUGUGUGGGUGCUGACGCUGUCCUCUUGUGAGGAGCGCAGGUGGGAAGCAGGCUGGCACGGGAUCAGAGAGGGCCCCUCCACCCCGCCCCCCAACACCGAGCAAUGCAGAGGGGAAGGACGGCCCCUUAGCCCCCUCUCCUGCCUCAGUGCCUGAGAACGCCCCCUUCUGGGUACGAGAGAGAGUCCUUAUUUUACUGCAAGUGUGUGUGUGUGUCUCACGACGUCUGUCCUGAGGGACGCUGGCUGGCUCAGCACCUCAGCUGUUGGUCACGGUCCCCGGGGCUGGUGGGGAAGCAGACACUGCCCGCGUUGUGCCCUGACACUGCUGUACCCUUUCUAAACGGAGAGGCGAGAACCAGAGUCUCAAACAGGAAUAAAAAGAGGUUCUCUGAA